ACUCACAAGGGCUCACCUUUCAUGGACCCGAAUUGGACGGUCAUGAUCACGCGAGGAGGGAAAUUUCUUGUAGUACGCCUCCAUCCACUUCAUCGAACACGACAUCAUCUAUUCAGAUCACCAGAAAAAGGUGGACCCCACAUGCGAAAUGCCCGAUCAAACGUUAGGAUGUCCCAUCCAACUUCGAGACCCCGCUUCUGCCACGUCUGCAGCCGGCGUAAACUGCACUACACGGCCCACAGGCGGACCAAACAUCAUCUCUAGGAUUUUAUCUGACGAAAAAGAGCAAAGAAAUAGGCUUUUGUAGACGAAAAAGAACAAAAAUAAAGUAGAAUUUUCAAUCCAAUCCUUCUUUCUUCUUCUUCUUCUUUUUCAUUUUUUCGAUUUCCCCAAGAAAAGAAAAGGGAUCGGCUGUUUUUUUACUUUUUCUUUUCCUCUUAUCUAUUAGGAGGAGGAGAAAGGGUAGGGAUGGGUUGGAAACCAUCGUUUCGGAGUAAAGCAGCCCAUUUCGUAUCUGAUCUUACAACGGUGCUCAUCAACCCUAUCUCAUCUGAUGAACCCUCAAAACCUCUUGAGGAUGAAAUGGAGAUGAACAGUCGAGAAAAAUCGGUUGCAGAAGGGGAUUCAAAGGUUCCAGUUGAUGAACCCGAUACAUCUUCGUUUACAGCAUUCCUCGUCUCUUUAUUGUCAUCUUCAGAACCUGGCAAGCAUUCUAACGAGGAACUCUCUGAGCAUCAUGCUGAAAUGGCAGAGUUGGCCUCAGAUUCAGGAACCAGGGAAAAUAGUGGUAAGAGGUCUCUAAUUUCUGUUGGGAAACAAUCACUUAGCAGAGCUAUUUCCAAGGCAGCAAGGUUUGGUGGGUAUAGGCAUCAAAGUGUGGACAAAAAGGUUGAUCGUGUCAUGAAAAACGAUGACCCAAAGGAUUUGAAACCUAUUGUGCAUGAACUGAGGCCUAUUCAGGAGCUAAAGGAGAAUGAGUCACAUCUUAAUCUCCCGGAUAUUUCUGAGCCCUCAGCACUUCUUUCAGAGAAUACACGAAAUGCUCUUUACAUAUCACUGCCAGCAUUGGUUCGAGAGAGGAAGUGGGUGUUGCUGUACAGUACUUGGAGGCAUGGGAUAUCUCUUUCAACCCUAUACAGAAGAAGCAUGCUUUGCCCCGGUCACUGUCUGCUGGUUGUUGGGGAUAAAAGAGGUGCCAUUUUUGGUGGUUUAGUUGAGGCACCUUUGAGACCAACCAAUAAAAGGAAGUAUCAGGGGACAAAUAACACCUUUGUCUUCACAAAUAUAUCAAGUCAUCCUGUUAUAUUUCGCCCAACAGGCGCAAAUCGGUAUUUCACUCUUUGCUCUGGCAAUUUCUUAGCUUUGGGUGGGGGUAGUCACUUUGCGCUUUAUUUGGACGGUGAUCUGUUGAGUGGGUCAAGUUCUUCUUCAGAGACCUUUGGCAAUUCCUGUCUUGCGCACUCUGAAGACUUUGAUGUUAAGGAGGUUGAGCUGUGGGGCUUCGCGUAUGCUUCUAAGUAUGAAGAAAUACUAGCCUUAUGUCGGAGAGAGGACCCUGGGAUUUGCAGAUGGUGAUUUUGUGGUCUCAGUCAUGAAUCAGGCCCAUUUCAUGAUGAAAUUAAAUUGAACCUAUAAACCAACGGUCUAGAUCUUGUCUGCCUAAUGAUGAAGAAUAACCAUCUUGCUAGCUGAAGCUGAGCAUUUCUUUUGUAAAUAUCUCUUACUCUUUCACCAAUGAGCGCCUAUGUACAACCACCUCCAACUCAAAAUGUAAUGUAUAUAAAAGGAGCGAUUUGAGUA